ACCAGCUGGGGCCGCAGAAGCACACGGAAACUCGACGGGGCCCCCCGUCUCCAGGCCACGGGGGUCGGGGAGCCCCCCGCUGCCCCCUAGUCACCCGGGCUCCGGGCAGCUGCUGCCAGCAUGGCCGAGGCCCCUGCCGACCCCGGAGACAAAGACCUUGAGCAGAGGAUUUUGGAGGUGCUUAGGGAUGCUGGCUCCCCUGUGAAGACUGCCCAGCUGGUAAAGAAAUGCCAAGUGCCCAAGUUGAAACUCAAUCAGGUCCUCCACAGGAUGAAGAAGGAGUCAAAGGGCAUUGUGUCCGCAGGCCCCGCGACAUGGUGCUUGGGCGACAGUGGGACCAAAGAAGUGGUUCCCGCAGAGCUGGCAGAGAGGCCUCAGCAAGAUACAGUUGCAGUUCCACGGAAGCCUGGCCCUGAGCUCAGUGAGCAGCAGGAAAAGAUCUACCGGUUUCUGGAAGAACACGGGCCCCAUAAACCCCUGAAAAUCGCCCAGGCCCUGGGAAAGAAGACAGCAAAGGAAGUCAACCCAGACUUGUACGAGAUGAGGAACAAGCACCUCCUGGACUUAGACCCCAAAUCAAACUCUUGGGCGGUUUAUCAACCAGGAGGUUCUCGAAAUCAGUCCAUCCAAGUUAUUUACCAGCAAAAUCCAAUCAACAUGAUCAGUCAGAAGGGACCAAACAGCCACAUUUCCAUUAAGAACUCUGAAGGCAUCCAGAUUGGACAUAAGAAUGUCAUAAAUAUGACCUCUGGAGAAAAUGGCUCCACAGCUCCCUUCUACCUCCCUCCAACAGCACCCGCCGAUUCCUCAACUCAGGACCCCCUGGAUGAAUCCUGGGGGGCCCAGGACAUCUGGAUGGAGAAGUCUGUGCUCAGACGUGUACAGAUGGGACAUGGCAACGAGAUGAACAUUCAUGGCCACCCGGCCAAGGGCCCGGCCCAGAGCACCUGUGGCAGCCCCCCAGGCCCGGAAGCUUCCAUCGAAAUUCAAACCCCCGAACCAGGACUUCACUCCGAAGAGGUCAUGGUCCAGAGAGUCCACAUUCGCUCGUGCUUCCUCGAGGACACCACUGUCGGCAACAGCAACAAGAUGACCAUUGACCCGGGGGCAGGUGGUCCCGGAGGAGCGGCAAGGCCCGCGGAGCCAGGAAGGGACGCAGACCCUCCCUCCGGAGCCGCACCGUCCGGAAGCGAGGUCCCUCCUGGCGGCCGUCAGGCUGCCCCCGACGACGCCGAGGCGCUCAUCUCCGAGGAGCUAGCAGCUCUGACGCUGGACAAGCAGGGCCCCCGGAAGCGCAGCAGACGCCUGCUGAGUGACACAACCGCAGAGCCGGUGUCGCCGGGGGCUGCGACUCAGAGCAAGCAGCUCGCGAGCGGACCUGCGCAGGAAGAGCCUGGGAGCCAGUGA